CAGAAAGUUGCAGAGUGAGCACCGAGCCAAGCUGAUCACUUCAGCUCUGAAGACAAGGAGUUAUGGAUUUUACCAAGGAGUCACUUUCUAAAGCAAUUACUGCAUUUGGCCUUGAUCUUUACAAUGAGCUGAACAGAAGUGAUACUCCUGAAAACAUCUUCUACUCUCCUUUGAGUAUCUCAUGUGCCCUGAGCAUGGUGUUCUUGGGUACUAGGGGGAACACCAAAACCCAAAUGGGACAGGUGCUCCACUUUGAUAAAACUGCUUCUGAGAAAAGACUGCCUGCGGUUGUGUCUGAACACCAGAGGGAAAGUGACCUUCACUGUCUCGUGGAAGGAGGGAUCAACUUGCAGUUCAAGAACAUCCUUUCUCAACUGAAUAACCUCAGAGAUGGUUACCUGCUGACCCUGGCAAACAAUUUGUUUGCACAAAAAGGAUAUGAUUUUUUUCAGGAGUAUCUGAAGGGUGUUAAGGAGAUCUACGGCACAACACUGCAAACUGUUGAUUUCUAUAAUUCAACAGAGGAUGCCAGGCAGACAAUUAAUGCUGUGAUUGACAAGCAGACUCAAGGGAAAAUCAAGGAACUUUUUGCCCCAGGAAUUAUUGAACCACAAACCGUCUUGGUGCUGACCAACGCCAUCUAUUUUAAAGCUACCUGGGAACACCAGUUUGAUCCAAAGUUUACAAAGGAAAGCGAUUUUUGGCUGAAUAAGAAUGAGAGCAAAUCUGUGCACAUGAUGCAUCAGAGAGGCAAAUUUAAGUUGGGCCACGUGGCAGAAAUGAACGCACAGAUUCUUUGUCUCCCAUAUUUUCGCCAAGUCUUGUCCAUGAUCAUCCUACUACCAAAUGACAUCAGCGAUCUGAAGAAGGUUGAACAAGCUAUGAGCAGGGAGAAUUUAGCCCGCUGGACUGCCUCUGAAAACAUGGAGGAGCGUUACGUGGAGAUGUAUAUACCCCGGUUCAAGCUCGAACAGACCUUUAACCUCAAAUCAGCUUUGCAAAAUCUGGGGAUGGUCGAUGUGUUUGACAGAAGCAAAGCUGAUCUCACCGGUAUGUCCCCCUCACGCCAACUCUUCUUGUCCAAAGUGAUUCACAAAGCCUAUGUGGAAGUGAAUGAAGUGGGCACCGAAGCAGCAGCUGCCACAGGCGCCGUGGUUUCCAACAGAUCUUUAGUAGAUUGUGAACAAUUUGUGGCAGAUCACCCAUUCCUCUUCUAUAUCCAGCACAAUCCUACCAACACCACCCUUUUCCUCGGCAAAUUCUGCUCUCCUUAAACGUCAUGAGGCUUUUAUUAUCUUAAACUUAUUUUUUAAAAAAUGAGUCUGAUUCCAUUA